AUGCCUCCUUCUUCUCCCUUACUACCAAGCACUAAAACUCCCACUACAAAACCUCCUAAAGGAAUUUCUCCAGCCGGCACCAUUCCCACACCAUCAUUCAAAUCCUCCAAUGCUCCAACACCUUCUUGUGCCUUGCCAACCAAAACAACUCCAUUAAGGAACAACAACCAUUGCUCCGACACCUCACCAUUCACUCCCUCUUCCACUAACACCACAACUAGUCUUCACCAAACCCCAUCAUGUUCAUAUCAACAUUCACCAACAAGCUCACACCCAACAUCCAAAUCUUUUCCAUUUCACACCCCGCCUCUUAGUAACCAAAUUUCGCCCCAUGCCAGACUUUACCUAUCCUCUCCAAGAGAUCCUAUGAUUAAAUCAACUCCUCCAUCGUCGUCAUUGGACUCAUCUCUAAAUCAACAACAACCUUGCCAGACUGAAAAUGGUGACCAACCUCAUUCGUGUAAAAUUGGACCCAUGCAUCAAGCUACACUUCCAACACUUUGUCCAAAACCUAAGCAAUUUCCCAUAACGUAUUCACAAAGAAUUGGGCAAUGUGUGUGGACUCCUCUAGAAUUGAUGGUGCCCUCAGUCGCUGAAACAUGCUCAAGGAAUGUAAUUUGUGACACUCUCGAAAAGUUGGAAGCAUUUGAAAAGUUUUGUUUGAAAAUUGUGAAAAAUCCUGACGAUUAUCGACAAGACAAAGCCUUAGAAAUAUUACACACAUUUAACUUGGAUAUACAUCAAGCAAAGAGAUUUAUUAAGGAACAUCCCAUGCAAAUCACCACUCAACCUCUACUCACUUCGGAACAGUCAUUGAAAGUUUUCAAUGCUCUUUCCCAAUUUCAUCUCUACAAUGGUUGUCUACGAGAAUUGCAUCGUCAAGUGAUACCAGAAGUUCCAUAUUCAACACUAGUUUGUCAUUUCUUUCUCAAUAAGAAAAACAAAUCGGCCAUACCAAAGAGUUUGACAAGAAUUAUCAAUCACGGUAGAAGAUUAAUGCAACAGCAAAAACUCUCAACAGCAACUACGAACUCUGACGAAAGCUCUGAAGAUGAUGAAGAUGAUGAGACCUACCAUGACGGCAGCCAGUUGUCACAACCAAGUCAAAAUUCAACACUGCACACAAUAUCUGCACACUCAACACGUGCCAAUGAAGCCCUUAAUCGUCAUCAUGCAAUUCAUUCAAAAUCCAACAACAAUAAUGAGGAUGAGCCGUCUUCUGGUGACGAACGAGUACCUGAAAGUAGUGACAAUGAAGAAUCAAAUAGCAGUGGUGAAGAAGAAAAUCAUAACGAUGCAAUCAAGUAUCAACCUUUGCUUCAUCCAACCCAUUGCCAUACAAAUCAUUUUCUUCACAAUAAUAACCAUCAUUUUGGAACAACAACAGUCACCAAUCACCAAGACGUCAAUUAUUUAUUGAGCAGCGACAGUGAAGAAGCUGACAUGUUUUCCAACGAAGGUGAAACUUAUAUUGGUCAAAAAGCAGCAGAAAUUCAUUCUGGUGGAUCUUCAUCUUCUGCAGAGGAAGCCAUGUAUAUUGCCAUUGAGAAUGAAGACUCUUCCUCAACCACUGAGGUGUUUAACUUUGAGCAUAAUCAGAUGUUUGAAUUCCAUCCUCCAACGUUUGAAUGA